CCAUAGAGGAAGUUGCAUGCUAACAGAAGAAGACUUGCGAGCUAUUAGGUCUGUAUUUAGAUACAGUAGCGCAGAUGUAGUUCAAGUAAAUAUAAACACUUAUUACGACAAUCCGAUAGAAUACUUUUUGAACUAAAGGAGUAUCAGCGUUUAAAGUAAGCCUACAAAUUACAUGAUGGCGUUAAAAUCGGGAGAAGAGCGAUUGAAAGAGAUGGAAGCCGAAAUGGCGCUGUUUGAGCAGGAGGUCCUGGGGGGUCCGAUGUCUCUGUCCGGCGGUGGUCCCACAGUCUUGGAGGGGGUUCCUGUGGCCCUAGCGGUUCCCAUACACCGUCCAAUCAUUGGAACAAACACAUACAGACAGGUACAACAGACCUUGGAGGCCCGAGCUGGCACAUUUGUUGGUCCACCACCCCCUGCCUUUGUUGGCCCAGUACCACCAGUCCGACCUCCACCCAUGUUGAGACCAGCAUUUGUCCCUCACAUCUUGCAGAGACCAGCUGGUCAGAGAAUGCCAGGGAUGCGUGGACCCCCCCCUCAGGGCAUGAUGGCCCCUCCUCUGCCACGUCCCCCUCCACCACCACCAAUGAUGAUGGCCCCUCCCAUGCAGGGUCCCCCUCAACAUUCCAUGACCCCCCCAAUACAAGGACCCCCCCAGCACCAACACCCCCCCCAGAACCAGCCUCAGCAUCAGCCACAGCAUCAGCCUCAGCAUCAACAUCAGCCACAGCAUCAGCCCCAGCAUCAGCCCCAGCAUCAGCCCCAGCAUCAGCCCCAGCAUCAGCCCCAGCAUCAGCCCCAGCAUCAGCCCCAGCAUCAGCCACAGCAUCAGCACAGCAUGGCCCCCAUGGGACACUUGGGCUCCACACCCUCUGUAGGGCCAAUGGGUCCCAUGGUGUCUCCACCCCCGAGGCCUGUGGCGCAGCAGCCUCCCAAGAUCACCCCAUCAGUCAUACAGGCAGCCCCCACCGUCUACACAGCCCCUCCAGCGCCCAAGAGGCCUGACAUCCGUGCUCAGAGACAGGCGCGCAUGGAGGAGCUGGCUGCGUCGGUGGCAGAGCAGCAGGCAGCAGUAAUGGCUGCCGGGCUUUUGGAAGCCAAGAAGGACUCUGCCUCGGACGACAACAUCAUCGGACCCAGCAUGCCUGAGCCAGAGCCUGUGCACCCUGAGCCAGCAGAUGGCAGCGUGGAAGAAAAAAAGAGGGGGAAACAAGAGAAAAUGAAGAAGUGUAUUCGCACUGCAGCUGGUACUAGCUGGGAGGACCAGAGUCUGCUGGAUUGGGACUCAGAUGAUUUCCGGAUCUUCUGCGGUGACCUUGGCAACGAGGUGAAUGAUGACAUCUUGGCGCGUGCAUUCAGCCGCUACCCAUCCUUCCUGAAGGCCAAGGUGGUGAGGGACAAGCGCACAGGGAAGACAAAGGGCUACGGUUUUGUCAGCUUUAAGGACCCUAACGACUACGUACGAGCCAUGAGAGAAAUGAAUGGCAAGUAUGUAGGCAGUCGACCGAUCAAACUGAGGAAGAGCAUGUGGAAAGACCGGAACAUGGAGGUGGUACGCAAAAAACAGAAGGAAAAGAAGAAACUGGGGCUUAGAUAGGAAGUUAUUUGUGUGUGAGUGAAAGUUGUCAACUGUGUGAGACCUGUGUGAUUGACUGAGUGUAGAGCAGUCACCAGUCUCCCAGUUAGAGGACUGCUUACACCAGCUGUCAACUAGCUUGGGCCACAUUUAUGUUAGAAUGACUAAAACAGAGAGGUGAGUUACUUUUUACCCUCUUCAAUUGGAUGACGGUUUCAAACACUAUUCUAAACCUGGGAAAUUAGGCUUUGACUAACAGGUUUUGGCUUUAUCCUUGGCCCUGAUUUGAAAAUAAGGCAUUCCACUCAACUCAUUCUCCACACAACCCUCAGUGCCAGGACUGUCAAAAUGUAUGGUGUCUAUAGUACUGCUGUUUUUGUGUGGCAGUUUGUUCUCUUCCCCUCAAUACUACUUAGAUUGUAUGCCUAAAACACCUCUGGCAUUUUUGUUUAUAACAAUACAGUAACCAGUGUCUCACCCAAUUACAGCAUUGUUCAAUUUCACUUACAGUGUUGAUCAAUGUUCUAUGUUGUUCACACAUCCAACAUUUUAGAUUGAAACUCUCAAUGUUUGUACAAUACUGUGGAUGAAUAGGUUGAAGGAAAACGAUGUAAACUAUUUUCAAUAAAAUACAACCUU